GCUCAUGACAAGUUGGAAUUCAACCUCAGUACAAAGUUCCACUACACCACAAGAGACAACCGAAGGAUUCAGUUUUGAACCUCCAAUCUCUUGGGACGUUGAUUAUUUGGAUGGGGUUGCUUCUGCAGUGGCAGCUUCUGUGCAGUACUUGGAACAAAAUUAUGGAUCCUCAAAGACAGAAUUUGAAGAUAACACUGCCAUUGUGUUUAGAAAGAUACCACAUUUCUGAAGAGUAUGGCUUUCUUCUUCCAAAUCCUCUGAAAGAACUUCCUGAUUAUUACCAACCCUGGAUGGAAAUUGCCAACAAACUUCCUUACUUGAUCGAGAGUCACCAGCUUCGCACUUGUGUGAACAGGGUACUGCCAAGAAAUCUUGCCAUUCCCUUUGUGGAAGUCUCCAGGAUCCUGGGACUCCCUCCUAUCUUGGUCCAUGCUGAUGUGGUGCUGACGAACUGGACUAAAAAAGACCCAGGAGGACCUCUGGAAAUCAGUAACCUGGAGACCAUUGUGUCACUUCCCGGGGGAGAGAGCCUGCGUGGCUUCGUGCUGGUGACAGUUCUGGUGGAGAAAGCAGCAGUGCCUGGGAUUAAGGCCCUGGCUCAAGCCACCGGCGCCAUCCUGCAGCCCAACGAGGACGCCUUGCUUAAGGCCCUGCAGUGCCUGAGACUCUCAAUCAAAGACAUCACGAGUGCCUUGGGACAAAUGCAUGAUUAUGUAGACCCAGACAUAUUUUAUGCAGUCAUCCGGAUCUUUCUUUCUGGAUGGAAGGAUAACCCGGCGAUGCCAGUGGGCCUGGUGUAUGAAGGUGUCUCCACAGAGCCCAUGGGGUACUCUGGAGGGAGCGCGGCUCAGAGCACAGUGCUCCAUGCUUUCGAUGAGUUCCUGGGUGUCCGUCAUAGCAAAGAAAGUGCUGACUUUCUGUACAGAAUGAGGGACUACAUGCCUCCCUCACAUAAGGCCUUCCUAGAAGAAAUCCACUCGGCUCCUUCGCUGAGGGACUACGUCCUGGCCCCUGGCCAUGCCCGCUGUCUGGAAGCUUAUAACCUAUGUCUGGAGGCCCUGGUGGAGCUGCGCAGCUACCACAUCACCAUAGUGACCAAAUACCUCAUCACAGCUGCAGCCAAAGCCAGGAGCAGGAGGCCAAGCCAUCUCCCAGAACCCCCACAGGCUCUAGAAAACAGAGGCACUGGUGGGUCUGCAGUUCUGAGCUUCCUGAAGAGCGUCAGGGAUCGGACUCUGGAGGCCAUUCUCCACCCCCAGGGCCAGGGAGCCACCUUCUCCCCAGCAGGGCACAGCCCCCAGGAGGGGGUAGGUGGGCUGGACAAUGAGGGAAUGGGCUCUGCUCUGUAGAAUGCCAUGUGCUCCUUUGCUGACAGCCAUGUCUGAGAGCAGAGUUUAUGUGGCUGGAAAUACUCCUGCCCUGGCUCAUCACUGCCCAACAGCCAGCAGCUGUGGACUCUUCCCUAUUCCGAGCCCUGCAGAGCUGCUGUUUCCCACUUCCUGUGCCAGGUAAGAGAAAACCAAUCUAAAUUUCACAACCCAAACAAAAUUGCCCAUACACAGAUUGCCUUGUUGAUAGUAUUUUCAGAGGGAAAAUUCGCUUUAUUCAGUUGCUCAAGGAUUAGAACAGUGCUUUCUUUGACUCCCGACCAGCCCUCUCUCCCUGCAAGUUCUGAAUUUGGUGGCAGGAAGUGGGGAAUGCGCCAGUGGAGAUGUGUGGGGAAGAGGAUGUUGACAGUAAAAACUUGGAAGGCACGGUGAGAAAAUGAAUAGUUAAUGACGUGGGGGCCCGAGAGACUUUUUCACAUGUUGUAUAGUUUUGCAAAUUCUAUUUUAAUUCUCUUCUUUAUUUUUAGAAGAAUGUUUUGUACUCCAUACACUGGAAGUCUAUGCUUGUAAAAUGAAUUAAUUGACCCCUCAAAAAUAAAUGAGCCAACUAGGAAUGUAUAGUAAAUUUACAUGUUUAAGUGUGCAAAUAAAUGUAACUAUUUUUAUCA